UAAAACUCCACAAAGCAAAUCAUAGCAGCAGAAAAUAUAAGGUUUGUUUACUUUAUUUUGUUGAGCUUGUCGCUAUAUUCCCGGUAAAAAGGCAACUGUGCUGUUAAGAAACUAUAAAAACAUAAUACAAAUAUAAUCGACAUCUAGAGAGCAAUAUGUUGGACAUUCAAAACUUAAUUUGCUUUGCGUUUGUGUUUUUAAUCAUCUGCCAUAUUUCGAAGACGAGACAAAUUGUAAUAGAUGGACCACCGACUGAGAAUUGGAUUAUGUACAGAGCACAUCUCAAGACAUUCCAGAAUAUAAGUACAAAUGGCCUUUGGAAAACAAUCAGGGUCAGGUUGUCAUUGAUAUAGACAGUUCGAAAUGGUUAACAGUUGGUCAUUAUUCAACUGUAUUGGAUGUGAAGAGCAACACCAUCGUGGGCACGAUCUAUAAGCUUGACAUUGAAUCUGAUUGGGACGAUCCGUUGGUUCAAAGAAACACGACUGUUUUACAUGUUAAAUGUAGAGAAUACAAUGGAUUGAAACCUUGGAUUCCUAAUGCUGUUACUUUGGGACGGUAUAGGGAUAUCCGUUACUCAAGAAUUGAAUGCUUCUUGAAGAACAUCACUACACCAUUCUUAAAGGGUCUCAUACACUUAAAGUGGUUGGAUCUAGCGAACAACAAUAUUACUGAAGUUGAGCAGCAUGCGUUUGAUGAUUUGAUUGCAUUGGAAGAGUUAGUCUUAACCAGAAACCCGAUAAAGUUCCUUCCUAAUGGACUAUUCUGCAAUAUGCCCAAAUUGAAGUCAUUGAAGCUGGAUUACUUAAACCUGACAGGAUUCCCAACUGCUGCGUUCCAUCCUUACAUUGACACAGCACACAACCAAUCCAAAACGACAUGUCUAGGCAAUCUUCAAGAUCUGGAUCUCUCAAAUAACAAACUGGUCAGUAUACCAAAUGCUUCAUUCUCUCAAAUGAACAUACUGACCAAGCUGAGUCUUUAUAAUUGCUCCAUACAUAUUUUGGACGCGAAUGCCUUCGAAGGGUUAACAAAUAUCGAACAUUUAGACAUUGGACAGAAUUGGAUAAAAGAAUUACCAGUUGACAUAUUUUCAAGUUCGUCCAAAUUAUACAAUCUUACACAUGUAAAGUUGGGUUCGAACAACAUUACCCAUUUCUCAUUCGAUUUGUUCGUGAAAUGCGUAGCAUUGACAUUUGUAGACCUCCAGAUGAAUCAAAUCGAACACGUACACGGAAGUAUUAAGGACACUCGGCUCGAAUUCAUAUAUUUCAAUGGCAAUGUUAUUCAAUCAUUUCCAGGUAAUAUGUUUUAUUCUAAUGACACAGAUAUUCUUGUGCUCAGCGAUAAUCAUAUUUCAAUCAUUCAUCCCGAUGAUUUGUUAAUGCCAACCCUAAAGCUUUUGGGAUUAGAUCGGAACAACUUAACAAUUCUGGGGAACUUCACAUUUCAUCAUCUUGGAAAGCUGAAACGUUUAUUCGUAAGGAACAAUAAAAUCGCAGAACUUGGUGCACUGGCAUUUGAAGGUCUUGAACAAUUGGAAGAUCUUUUUCUGGACAACAACAAAGUCAAGAAGGUUCCGUCUGGAAUAUUCAAAAAAGUAAAACAUUUAAAAACGUUGUCACUAAGACAAAAUUAUAUCCUUAACUUAGAUGGAACAAUGCUUGAGGGUCUUAACUCGUUGGAUACUAUUGAUCUAGACAAUAACAUGAUUCAAACUAUUGAAACAUAUACAUUCCAGCACUUUAAAUCUCUUCGUAUUGUUUCACUUCAGUCAAACCACAUAACUACUAUACCAUAUGGUAUAUUUGGACAUUUGCGUCAUUCAUUAGGAUGGAUAGAUCUUAAAGGGAACAACCUAAGUGCACUACCAGCAGAUUUGUUCACAGGAUUCUUUAAGUUACGUUAUCUCGUCAUUUCCCAUAACAAUCUUGUCAAUCUAUCUAUGAAACUAGUCGACGGUUGUACAAAUCUACAACUCCUAGAUUUAAGUUACAAUCAGAUCAAAGACUUCAAUGUUUCGUUGAAAUCAAACAAGAAGUUAAGUCAUUUAUACGUCGCAAAUAAUCAACUUAAGAACGCAUGGAAUAUCUUUGAACAUAUGCAUCUUGUACCAUCACUUAUACAUUUAGACCUAUCAGUAAACAAUAUGACUUCAUUUGGAUCAAUUCCACGAGUAUUGACAGGUAUUCCGUCUUUUCUUCGUAGUGUAAAUAUAAGUCAUAAUCGUAUCACCGAUGUUCCAGAAAAUCAAUUUUAUCUAUCAAGAUGGUUGCAAGAACUGGAUAUGUCGGCUAACAGAAUACAAACAAUAAAAGAGCCAACGUUCAUAUCCAAGAAUCAUCCAGGAGAUAUUAUCUAUCAUGUUGGUACAGAAAAUCCGUUUGUAUGUGAUUGUUUCAUGAGAUGGGCAAGAAACGCACUUAAUGAGUCUCUGUGCACAGUUCCAAUUCUGAGUGAUGGGACGGCAAAGAGGAUGAAAGAUGUGCCAGCUCGUCUAUAUCUUUGUCAAAUAAAAAUGAAAUGCCCGGAAAAAUGUGAGUGCUUUGCUGAUACAGUAAAAGAGCCGUACAUUUG